CACCAAGUAGCAGACACGCGAAGGAAAAAAACCGAAAAAAAAAACGACGGAUACCAAAAAUGCUGAGUGGAAGUCAAAAAGAUGGAUUGUACUUCUUUACACUGCUAGUUGUGGCAGUAGCCAUAGCUUCACCCGUGCGGCGACACACACACGUACUAAGGAAUGGUUUUCAUGAGCCAAUAAAUCCUAGAAACAAUCUGGCCAACAACACGGAGACAAACUGCCCAUGGUAUAUGAUCUAUGACGAAAAACAUGGCAGGCAACCCGAGAUUUUACUGAGGGCACGUUGUCUCGCUGAACAAUCGCUUGAUGGACGCAGUAGAUGCGAAUACGUCAAAUACAAGGUACAGGUGGACAACAAGUGGGUCAGCAUAGAAGCGGGCUGCACGUGCGCGCCAGGGAUUCCUUUUCGGUAGACGUAAUAAUAGAUAUCCAGGCGAUAAUGGCAUUAGUUGUGGGUCAACUGGCGUCUAAGUUUGUGGAAUAAGCAGCAGCAAUAUUCUGGAAUCCAAGAAAGAAAAAAAGAAAGAAAGAGCUACAUCAACAAAGACUGAAUUUAAUGAUUGUGUUUCUCUAGCAUACCGCGGGAUUACAAUGUAUAUGUAUAUCUUCAUAUAAAUUUUAAAUAAAAAUCUUCAAAUGAAAUCGCCUGCAGCUGGUAUCCUCCUUGCAAUUCCGCUUUAUUGCGGCAAGUGUGUGCAAGGCACAAUUCAUUUAUAAAUCACAUUUAUUUAACUUUUUAAUGAGAUCUUUGAUUUAUCUUAUAACAAGUUUUAAUGACACACA